AUGCUUCAUUCGACUUAUCAUCAAACAACCCUACAAGAUACAUCGCAGCUAACGGCUGGCAAUGGGGCCGCGAGGCUUUACAAACCCGGCUCCCAAGGUACGACAGGACCAAUAACCCGGUACAAAUGUUCAUUCUUAUCGCAGACCGAAUCAGCGCGCUCUGCACUAAGUUCCUUUACUUGCACACUUUGCAACAAGUCCUACUCGCGGCACCCAGAGUAUGAAGCCCACAUCGGGUCUUACGACCAUCAACAUCGCAAGCGCCUUCAAGACCUCAAGCAGCUAUCCCGAGACCCGAAUGCAGCUGAAAAGGCUAGACGGGCUGAGAAAAAGGCCGACGCGGAAGCUGGGUUGAGAGUCCUUGCGGCGACCACCUCGGGCACAGGAAGUAGCGGCGGGUUUAAAAAGGGGGGCUUUAAGAGUUCCUUUACCACUGUCAAAGGUCCAGCUACUCCUUCGAUAAUAAAAAAUGUGCUAGGAGAUGAUGAUGGAGAUACUACUGGUGGCGGUCUCGAACCCGACAAGCCUUCUGGAAUUCUACAAGAACAAGGGGAGAGUGACACGGACGAGGAGUAUUUGACUGACACUGCUGGUGGAGGAUACUAUGAUCCGCGUAAACCAACGGAUUGCUUUUCUGGAUGUGUCGGUCAAACUCGAGUUCAGGCCUAG